AUGUUCUCGAUUGAAUCCAUUUUAAAGUCUCAAAUCUCACAGAGAGUUAGGAUGCAGAUACAGCACGUGCGGGAUCUGUGCGCGGUGCCAGGGGCGGCGGCCGAGCUCAACUGUACCGGUGACAUCCUAUCCGUGCAGAACCUGCUGCCGCAGCUAGCGGCACCGGAGAACAAGCCGCACCAGUGCCAGCAGUGCUUGAAGAGCUUCUCCUCCAACCACCAGCUGGUGCAGCAUAUCCGCGUGCACACGGGCGAGAAGCCCUACAAAUGUUCCUACUGUGAUCGGAAGUUCAAGCAGCUUUCCCAUGUGCAGCAGCACACCCGUCUGCACACCGGCGAACGCCCGUACAAGUGCCAUCUGCCGGACUGUGGCCGUGCUUUUAUUCAGCUUUCCAACUUGCAACAGCAUCUGCGCAACCACGAUGCGCAGGUCGAGCGCGCCAAAAGCCGCCCGUUUCACUGCAACCUGUGCGGCAAGGGCUUUGCGACCGAGUCCAGCCUGCGCACGCACACUUCGAAGGAGCUUCAGUUGCAUCUCGGUGUGCUGCAGCAGCAUGCCGCCCUGAUCAGCAACUCGAACAGCGUCACCUGUAACGUGUGCAGCAAGAUCUUUCUCGGCGUCGAAGCACUCAACGAGCACAUCAAGUACACGCACAAGGAGGUGGCAGUGAAGCGGCGUGUCGCAAACCAUCCCUGCCCGAUGUGCGGGAAGCAUUACGUGAAUGAGGGUUGCCUGCGGAAGCAUCUGCUGACACAUCCACGCACACCGACGUUCCGUUCGAAUCUUCAGAUGUGGCCAUGCUCGGUGUGUCAGGCGGUAUUUACGCACGAAUCCGGUUUAAUCACCCACAUCGAACACAUGAAGAUGGACCCGAAACAUCAAUUUGCCGCCCAGUACAUGUUCACGAAGGCGGUGGUGGAACAGCGGGAAAAGGAAUCGGCCGGCGGUGGUAGCAGUAUGGUCGGUAUGGGUGGCGUACCGGGCCUGUCCACCUCGAUGGUGACGGUAAAGGAGCUCACGCACAACAGCAUCUCGCCGCUCAACUAUUCGGAAAAUUCGUCCACGAUGGGAUCGGAAAAGAAUGGCGAAAGUACGGGCGCUAGCGGCGGUGGCGGCACCGGUGCGGGUGUCGGUGUAGGCAGCGGCAAUAAUGGUGGCGGGGGCGGUGCUGGCGGUAGCGGGGGUGGUGUGGCGACGGGUUCGGUGUUCGAUAAUCACCGUAUGCCCAACCCGCACGGUUUACCCUUCGGUGGUAGCGGGGGCACCAACGGAGGGACCGGCAGCGGGGGCGGCGGCGGCAAUGGGGGUGCGCUCGGCGGUACGAACGGUGGCACGAAUGGUGUGGGUGGUGGCGGGAUCUGCGCCGGUGGUAGCGCGAUCGAUAACAAUAAUAGUCAAUUUUCGCGCAUGAUGAUGAUACAGGAGCCGAAGUUCGAGCCGGAUCUGAUGCUGAACGAGGGCACACCGUCGGCGGUGCAGGCGGCGGUGGUGAAUCUAGCGACCGCGAUGCGCAUCGGGCAGACGUUCAAGAGCAACACGAUGCACGGCGAGCUGCACGGUAACGCGAACCUCGGUCCGUUGAAGAAGAAAAGUAAUAUGCUUAAUUUUAACGACACCAAAUACACACUAGCUAACCGUCAAAAAUAUCCCGUGGCGUCUACAGAGUCGUCGAUCGGUCAGAACCACUGUCCCGCUACCUCGGAGACGGCGAUACGGAUCCAGCAGGCGGAAGCGAUCCUGCGCUCGCAGGCCGAGGCCGCGUUGCGCUUGGCGGUGUCCCAGGCCCAAGCCGUCGUGUCGUCGAACGCUGGCAUUGGCAGUGGUGGGGGCGGUGUAGGAGGUGCGGGCGGUGGUAACGGUAUCGGUGGUGCUGGUGGUCCGGGGGGACCGGUCGGCGUUCAGCUCGGCGGCAUGCUCGGGCACCACAAUCCGCACGCGCUCGUGACCGGUCGCAGCUGCAACGAGGAUGCCCGGACCGCCAACGACAACAACUGCGGCCAGUUCGAUCCGACCGGCGAGCAUCUGCGGGCGGCCAUGCGCGAACAUCAGGCCCAGCAGCAGGCGAACGAUGAUUGCCACCCGUUCGCCCACAGUCCCGUACCGCGCAACGGGCUGGACCUUACCGACGAGUUCCUAAAGAGUGAAAAUGUGCUGAAGGGAUGA